AGAGAUGCAUACACGAUGAUGGAAUAUCAAAUGGCAGUUACAGCCUUCAUUCUAGCAAAUACUUUUCGAAAAUGACUAAUUAAAUAUGUUAUUUUUUGUCUUGAAAUUUGAUAUGAACUCCUGUUUGGAGGAAAAUAUAUGUGGGCGAAUUGUGUUGUAACGGAUAAGGGAUGACAAAGAGAAUGGGAUACCGAGACUGGAGGUGGCUGGCUCUUUGGUGGCAUAUUUUCUUUCUCUUGUGGAGUACAAUUGACGGACAGACGCGCUAUACCAUCUCUGAGGAACUGAAACAGGGUUCUGUUGUAGGGAACCUAGCUAAAGAUCUGGGCUUGGGACUAUCUGACAUUUUUGAUCGUAAACUGCGCGUCGCCUCCGAGGCUGGUAAGCAGUAUUUCAGAGUGGAUACGGGAAAGGGCGAGCUGGUCGUCGAGGAGAGAAUAGACAGAGAGACUUUAUGUGGACAAAGCGCGAGCUGUGUGUUGCCUUUGCAAGUAAUAAUCGACGAGCCGUUACAGUUGUUUCGUGUAGAAGUGGAAAUACAGGAUAUCAAUGAUAAUGGACCAGUCUUUGCCAAGUUCGAGAAUGUUUUGAAUUUAGCAGAAUCCACUGCUGUUGGAAGACGGUUUACAUUAAAAGGCGCAGCAGAUCCCGAUGUAGGCACAAAUGCAUUGAAAUCGUACAAAUUGAAUCAGAACGAGCACUUAGCUUUGAAUGUAAAAACCAACAAAGAUGGAAUAAAAAUACCAGAGUUGGUGUUACAAAAACAGUUGGACAGAGAAAAGCAGCCAGCUCAUAAACUAAUACUGACUGCUUUAGACGGAGGCAACCCUGUCCGAUCAGGAACAACAGAGAUUACAAUUAAUGUUCUGGACAAUAAUGAUAACCCCCCUCAAUUUCAAAAGGCUCUGUAUGAAAUUCCUGUUAGAGAAGAUGCGCAGAAAGGAACAGUUAUUUUGACGGUUAAAGCUGUCGAUCUUGACGAAGGAGAGAACGGUGAAGUAUCUUAUUCGUUUGCUGAGGAUACAUCCGAAACUGUCUUAAAAAUAUUUUAUAUUAACCCUGAGACUGGUGACAUAUUGGUUAAUAAUGUACUGGACUUUGAACAAUGUAGUAAAUAUGAUUUUGACAUCAGAGCGAGUGAUAAAGGAACACCUGCGAUGGACGGACAAUGUACUGUACAGGUGCAGAUUCAAGACGUAAAUGACAACUCUCCUGAGAUUAUUCUCACUUCUCUAUCAAGUCCUGUAAAAGAGAACUCUCCCGUAGGUAGCGUGGUCGCUUUAAUUAAUGCGAAAGACAUGGAUUCAGGCAACAAUGGUAAAACUAGUUUAAGUUUGCCAACAGAUUGUCCCUUUAAAUUAAAGCAGUCAUUUUCUGACCAUUAUGCACUAGUGACAGACUCUAAACUAGACAGAGAAGUGAAUCCCCAGUACAUAAUUAAGAUAAUUGCCUCUGAUGCGGGUUCACCAUCGCUGACAGCAGUCAAGGAAAUCAUUGUAGACAUUUCAGACGUAAAUGAUCACCCACCAAUGUUUUCUCAACCCACUUACACAGUCUAUGUGAAAGAGAAUUAUCCACCUGGUAAAAUAUUAUGUUCAGUGUCAGCUAUGGAUCCAGAUUUGGGAGACAAUGCCAAGAUAUCUUACUCCAUCCUGGACUCAAAGGUGCAGGACGUGUCUGUGUCCUCCUAUGUAUACAUGAACUCUGAUAACGGCAGCAUCUACAGCAUGCACUCGUUCGACUAUGAGAAACUCAAGGUGUUUCAGAUUCAGGUACAGGCAAAGGACCAUGGCUCUCCAUCUUUGAGCAGCAACGCCACUGUCCAUGUUUUUAUCCUGGACCAGAAUGACAAUGCCCCCGCUGUUAUUUACCCCUCCGCUGCACUGGGCUCGCUCUCUAAUCAGAAGAUGCCCCGCUCCGCUAAAGCAGGCCACCUGGUUACCAAGGUGACGGCCGUGGACGCAGACUCUGGCCACAACGCCUGGAUCUCCUAUAAACUGGCGGAGGCCACAGAUGCGUCUCUGUUCAGUGUCAAUAUUUACACGGGGGAGGUGAGGACUAAACGCGCUGUGUCUGAGCAGGAUGACUCCUCUCAGAGGCUGCUUAUAGAGAUAAAAGACGACGGGGAGCCGGUCCAGUCAACCACAGUCACGGUGGCCAUACUGAUAGAGGACGGGCUACACGAACCCAUCUUAGACCUCCGACAGAAAGCGCCUGAGCCCAGUAAGAAAAACGGUAGAAUCACCCUCUAUCUCAUCCUCUCUCUGGCCUCGGUGUCCAUUCUUUCUGUGCUGACUUUUGUUAUCUUAACUGUGAGGUGCGUUAAAAACAGCAGCGGUAGUUGUUGCAUGAGACGGGCAGACUAUGAUGGCUACACGAACCCCAACAGAAACCUGCAGAUCCAGCUCAACACUGACGGGCCUAUUAAGUACGUGGAGGUCCUGGGAGGGGACAUGUUGUCUCAGAGUCAGUCGUUCAGGUCCUGCCUCUCUCCCAUGUCAGAGUUCAGUGAUUUCACCUUCGUUAAGCCCAGCAGCACCACUGACUUUAAGGAGAUGAUCAACGUUCUAGACGCGUCUUUACCCGACAGCGCCUGGACCUUUGAGAGCCAGCAGGUGAGAAGAAAUAAAAAAGUGGGAAUCUGA